AUGCGAACUAACGCGGACUUAACGCGAUCACCCGUCGUCAUAGUGAACCCAGCCCCUUGUCCCCCACCAAGUCCCGCACCAAGCAACACAAUGCUUGUGAGCUCCUUCCCUUUCGGCAGCGGCUGCAUUCUGGGACGCAACGCCACGCAGUCCCCGGUGCGCUUGUCUGCACCCCUGGGGCCUAUGAGUGUCACCUCCAGCACCGCUACCUACUGCCUCCUCAUCAGCAGCAACGCCGCACUAGUUAGCCCUACUGCUGAGUGCGCGGGCAUGGAUACCGUACGCAGAGUCGACAUGGUUGUGGAUCCAACGUGCGCGCAACAGAAGCCCAAGCCCAUCACGGCAGUAACCGUCAACGGCCGUGUGCCACAGCAUAUCCUCCAGACAAUCGAUUUUAAUGGUGUGGAGUACGGUGUACUAACGAUCAAACGCAUUGAUGCGUUGUUCCAGAGCUUACCGGACGAUGGGCUGUCCGUGUGCCUGACUUUCAACAAGGGUUUUAGGGUUUUAGGCAAAGGCGUAACCCGGGAUGCUCAGAUUGGCAUUUGCGUCGUUACAUUUCCCCCUCACUUAGCAAUGGACGUCCUCGGCCAUUAUUUCGAGCACAGGAGCCAUCCCACCUCGCGCCAGAGCGCUGGUUUAUCCAUUACACCAUGA